AUGUCCCCUCAUGGAGUCAAGAAAGACGGUCCGUUAUUAACGAGACUGGUUCACUCUCCAAAGAGGAAAAGGGCCUUCCCUCGACGUCUCUGGCCUGUUUCAAAUCUUUUGGGGCUACCUCCUCUGGCCAGCCGACAAUUGGUACCACUCUGGAGGCGCUGACUUUGAACUGUGCAGCGUCGUCCCCAGCGUCCAGUCGCCCGCAGUUUUCGGUCUCUUCCCCGUCGCCACUUUUCAUUUCCCCUUUUUGCAAUUUUAUAUUUUGUUUCGUUCUAUUUUAUUUAUAUGGUUUAAUUACCCAAGUUUGAGAUAAAUUCUUCGUUGGACUGUCUCCUGGGUAAUACCACAAGAAAAGAAGCAAAAAAUUUAAGGAUUCUGCUCACUGCAGACGACCCAAAGGCUUUCAAGAUAACAUUCCGAAGCGUGCCAAUAACAUCAGCUCUUACCGUCGCGACGAUCACCCGAUCGCGACGCGAGGCUUCGACCCCGCCACAACGACGACAAGACCAGGGGACCGGCAGCGGACCCGAAGGCCACCACUCGCCACCACCAUCCAUCUUUUAUUUAAUAUUUUAUGUCUUUAA